CUCGCGACAGCUCGGCGCAGAAAAUGGCCCCGCGGCGCCGCCGCUGCUGAUGCGCAUCCGGGCGGCACCGGCACCGGCCCCGCCGCGGCCCCGCAUCGCCAGGAGCAGACACCAGCAGCAGCAUUUACCUCACCCUGUGCCCACCACUGGCCAGGCCAUGAAGACAGAGAAGGAGGAGGCUGUGCCCAGCUUCUCCAUGGGGGGUAAAUACGCUGGAGAGGGGGCAGGUUCCAGAGAAGCAGCUCUGCCUGGUGGCCCAGUGACAGGGAGUGGAGGGACCCCAGCCCAGGACCUGCGGCCACUGAAGCGCAGGGCAGUGCCAGGGAAGCACUACCAGUGCUCGAGCUAUGGCUGCAAGCUGGCCUUCUCCAGCAUGCAGGAGCUGAUGGACCACCUGAAGGUCCACUACAGACCCACACAGUCCCUCGAGGGCAAAACCUUCCAGUGCCCCACGCUGGGCUGCACAGAGACCUUCCCCAGCAUGCAGGACCUCAUGGCCCACAUGAAGGUGCACUACAAACCAAAUCGCUACUUCAAGUGUGAGAACUGCCUGCUGCGCUUCCGGACUCACCGCUCCCUCUUCAAGCACCUCCACGUCUGCUCCGACAGCGCCAGCAGCCCGGCGCCGCCCCCCAGACCCGACCGGCCCCUCCUGCCCUCCGCCGCCAGCACCACCACCACCCCCCCGGAAAAGGAGCCCUCUGCCAAGCCAGCCGAGGGUCUCCCCAAGCUGCCGAGCGUGCUGCGGCCCCCGGAGAGAGACGCUGCCCUGCCGGGCGCGGACGCUGCCCCCGGGCUCCCCACCAGCCUCCCCGAGCUGCCCGGCUCGCUGGAGGCGCUGCCGCUGGUCUCCCAUCCCUUCCCGCUGCUGGAGCCCAACCUUUUCGGGCCGUCGUCCUUGACUCGCUUCUCGGGGCCGCCUCCGCCGCCCCCUCCCUCGGGGCCGGGGCCGUUCCUGCCCUACGUGCCCCCCGCAGCCUACAGCCUGCCCCCGCCCGCGGCUCAGCACCGCCCGCGGCCCUUCGCGCCCGGCCACGGCGUCUCCAACGCCGUCUGGAAGAAAAGCCAAGGUGUGAGUGUCAGCCCACUCCUCCCAUGCUUUGGCUCAGGAGUGACUCCAGGGCACUCCUCCAACAGCCGCAUCGUGUGGGAGCACACCCGGGGCCGCUACACCUGCAUGCAGUGCCCCUACUCCACGGCCUCCCGCCAGGACAUGACCCUGCACAUCGAGGACCACCGCAAGAACCCCUCCCAGCCGGGGCGCCUGGAGGCUGAGAUGGAUUUUGGGGUGGGCCUCACCUCCUUCCACACCAAGCUGACACCAGAGAUGGAGAACUCCCUCUACUCCCAGCUCUGAUGCCUCCAGCUCCUGUGGGACUGCUCCUGCACCUCCUCCCCCUGAGCUGGGCAGGGGGACACUGCCCAGCCCUGUGCCACGGUGCUGGCACAGGGACUCCUCCCUGGUACCAGGAGCAUCCCUCAGCCCCAGCACAGGGUGGCAGAGGGGGGGUUGGGCUUUUUUUUCCUCUUGGAUUUCUACCUUCCCUUUCAUUUUUGGAAACUCUAAGCACUUGGAACCCCACAGCUCCCUCCCCUAAAGGUUUUGUUCCUUCAGCUCCAGGGGUCUGGGGGGGAGCCCAGGAGGUUGCUCAGGAGUUGGUGAACUCCUCUGGAAUGAGAGCUUGAAAUAAUAAAUGGGAAUUGUACAGGAGAGCCUCUG